AUGGGAGGGGAAGAGCUAUCACCUAUAUAUUAUGUCAGUCGAUGCCUAAGGGAUGCGGAGUUGAGAUAUCCGUGCAUGGAACAAGCAUGCCUAGCCUUUAUAUACGCAACACAGAAACUGAGACCCUAUCUCUUGAAACAUGAGACCAUCGUGGUAGCCGAGGCAAACCCCAUAGCCUAUUUGGCGUCCAAACCUGUCCUAACCGGAAGGACUGCUCGAUGGAUUCUACAACUGUCCGAAUUCGAACUCAAAUAUCAACGACCCAAAGCAGUAAGAGGAAAAGCGAUCGCCGACUUAACGACUAUGUUUCCGGGAGAAGGGGACGAUGAGGUACAUGAAUACUUACCUGGAGAAGUGGAAGUCACGGAUACUGACAAAUCUUGGAAUAUGUUCUUUGAUGGUAAUAACGUCUCCGAAUAUGAAGCAUUAAUCCUAGGACUACGAAUGGAUAAGAAACUCAAUCUAGGAAGCGUGGAAGUUAAAGGCGAUUCAAAUAUCGUGACAAAUCAAGUGAAUGGCGAUUUUUACGUCAAAGAACCACACCUAGCUAGCACCUUACCGGGCAGAGGCUCAAAGGUUGAUGAAUCAAACAAGGCCUUGAAACAGUUUAUGAUGAUUCUAGGGGAGUUAUACUAUAGAGCUUUCGGAGGAUCACUCGCAGUGUACGUGAAUAAGAGGGAGGCAGAGAAAUUAUUCCAGGAAUUUCACACGGAGACUUGUGGAACAACUGAUGCCGUUCACCUGUACCGAGAACUUCAGAGAUUUGGAGUAUACUGGCCAAGCAUGUCCACACAAGCAGCAUCCCUCCAAGACAGUUGCGUUGACUGUCAGUCUCCACCACAACCGGCAGAGGUAUGUACAGCCGAGGGAGUAGAUUAG